CCGUCAACAACACGGCGUUCGAUUUAUUUAUUUUUUUAGAUUCCCCCCCCCACCCCCCCCACCACUCGCACUCGUCGGCUAACGAUGAUUUGCUACAUUCGUUAACCGAAAACCAGUCCGUCGCCCUCCUUUUCGCCCCAUUAUUUUUUUUUUGGCUUCUCCGUCGACGGAGACAACCAACGCCGAUCUGUACCGACGAGGGCGGAAAUAUCUCGGCCGUGUAGCCGCAGCUGGAGGCAGCUAGCUGGGGUUAGCAUCUUGGCGAGACGGCGCUAGCUGGCUUGCUGACUAGCUAGCUGGAUGGAUGGAGGACACUUGGCUGGCUUGGUUCUAUUAAAUGCACGUUCACCACAGCGUCUCGCGUAUUUGCACUCCGAAAUGAUGAUUCGUCUUUGACAGCGAGGGCUUCUGUGUGAGCGCAGUUGAGCUCAGGCAAGGUGGGAGCAUCCGGGAUUUGCUUCUGCCAAAAUGAUGCCGAUGAUAUUGACGGUGUACCUCAGCGACGGGGAGCAGGCCAUGACGGAGGUGCCCAUCACCCCCGAGACCACGUGCCGCGAUGUGGUGGAAUUCUGCAAAGAGCCCGGCGAGAGCGGCUGCCACCUGGCUGAGGUCUGGAGAAGCAACGAGCGAGCCAUCCCGUUCGAGCACAUGAUGUACGAACAUCUCCAGAAAUGGGGCCCCCGCAAGCAGGAGGUCAAGUUCUUCCUGCGGCACGAAGAUUCCCCGACUGAGAGCAGCGAUCAGGGGAGUCAGCAGUCUCAGGAUCAGACGAGUCGGAGGAGCGGCAACGCUGGAGAGAAGCACAAUGAGAACGGGGUGGGGAAUCCGCGUGUGGAGCUGACGCUUUCCGAGCUCCAAGAGAUGGCGGCGAGGCAGCAGCAGCAGAUCGAGGCUCAGCAGCAGAUGCUCGUCGCCAAGGAGCAGCGUCUGCGCUACCUCAAGCAGCAGGAGCGGCGUCAGCAGCAGACGUCCACCGAGAGCGAGAAGCUGCAGCGGCUGAAGGAGCGCGUCGAGAGCCAGGAGGCCAAGCUCAAGAAGAUCCGGGCCAUGCGGGGCCAGGUGGACUACAGCAAGGUCAUCAACGGCAACCUGUCGGCAGAGAUCGAGCAGGUGAGCGGCCUGUUCCAGGAGAAGCAGGCCGAGCUGCAGGCGGCCGUGCUGCGGGUGGAGCAGCUCAGCCUGCAGCUGGAGGACCUGCGCCGGGGCAAGCUCAACGGCAUCCAGACCGCCCUGGGCGGCCAAGUGACCGGCACUGCCGCGCUGGAGCUCCGGAAGCUCUACCAGGAGCUGCAGAUCCGCAACAAGCUGAACCAGGAGCAGAACAGCAAGCUGCAGCAGCAGAAGGAGCUCCUGAACAAGCGCAACAUGGAGGUGACGCUCAUGGACAAGCGCAUCAGCGAGCUGCGGGAGCGCCUCUACAAGAAAAAAGCUGAGGCACGUCAAAAAGAGAACCUCCCUCUCAACAGGGGCAACGGGCCGCCUUCCCCGCAGCCGGCCGCCGGCACGCUGGGCCGCGUGGCCGCCGUGGGUCCCUACAUCCAAGUUCCCGCGCCGACCCGACAGGAGCCGAGUUACGCCUUGCCGCCCGAACCGCUCAAGCCGCAAACGCUGGGUGUCAACAACCAAGCCAACCAAGGCCGCGCCAAGUCAGACGGCGGCGUGCCAAAGUCCCCCGGCGGCCCCUGGAAGGUGUCUGAUUUAGACAUCGUCGUGGACCCGCUGCCCCCGCCCCUCCCGGAGUCUCGCCCGGGCCCGGGAGCCUCCGCCGGCUCCGACGGCACAUCCCCCAGCGACGCCGGUUGGCCCCCUGCGGGUAAGACGGGCGCGUCCCUCAAGCCUCCUGAGAGAAGAGACUCGGAUUCGCAGGCUAAGACCCCCCCUUCCGGCCCCCCUGCUGCUUCAAGUACAGAAAAGGUGCCUGACUCCAAAAUGGCCGUGUCGUCCCCUUCCAUUUCCAAACCGCAACCGCCGCCGUACGGCUCGCACCUCUCUUCGGCCAACUCGGCCAGCUCCUUGGAGCGCCGCAAGGACGCGCCGCCCCCGCCUCGGCAGCUACCGAACCCCCCUGCGCCCGCUUGGCCCCGCGCGCCACCCGCCACCGGCUCUUCCUCGCAGCAGAUCCAGCAGCGGAUCUCGGUGCCGCCGAGUCCCACCUUCCAGCACCACGCGCCGCUCUUCCCGCACGGUGCGUGCGAGCGGACGGACCCCCCGCCGGCCGCGGCGGUGCGCCCCUUCAUCCCGGACAGGGGGUCGCGGCCUCAGUCGCCCCGGAAGGGCCCGGCCACCAUGAACUCCAGCUCCAUCUAUCAUAUGUACCUCCAGCAGGCGGCGCCAAAGAGUCAGCCACUCAAACCUGCGCUCAAAGCAGUCUAUGGGAAGCCUGUCCUCCCUCCCAACUCAACACCCCCCUCGCCUCUGCCUUUCGUCCCGGCCGGAGGGGCCUUCCCGUUGCUCCAGGGUCCCGCCGGCAGCGGCGAGGAUACGCCGGACGGCGACGCGGAGGAUCACGAGGGGCUACGCCACGCGGAGCCGUCUGCUCCUCCCCCCAGCGUGGAGAACAUCCCCCGACCGCUCAGCCCCACCAAGCUCACACCCAUGGUACACUCCCCAAUGCGCUACCAAAGCGACGCCGACCUCGAGGUGCUCCGCAAAAAGCUGGCCAACGCUCCGAGGCCCCUGAAGAAGCGCAGCUCCAUCACGGAACCAGAGGGCCCCAGCGGACCUAACAUCCAGAAACUUCUCUACCAGAGAUUCAACACUCUUGCAGGGGGCAUCGAAGGAAGCGUCGGAUCGGGGGGCGGCAACGGGGCAGGCGACGGAACGCCAUUUUAUCAGCCGGCAAAUCCUCCAGCCUUUCUGGGCUGCGACCCGGCCGCAGACACGGACAACGGCAACCUUCCUUCUGACGCCCAACCGCCGCCGCCGCCGCCCGAGGCGGAGGAGCUGGGCUCGGAGGCUUCAUCUAUCGACCCCAACGACAACCAGCCGCUGCCUCCGCCCCCUGAAGGACUUUUGGACCCUGCUGAAGAGGAAGGACCAGAAGAAGACGACGACGACGACGACGCCAACAACAAUUUGGAAAGCGCAGAGGCUUUGCUGCCCAGCCCUGUGCUAGAGGUUACGUCUCCGGAGGAGAGCGGUAUCGUGCUGACCCAACCAUCGCGCACAAACCUGAAGAAACCAGAGUCUGAGCGCACUGGCCACGGCUUCCGGGUGAAGUUCAACCCUCUGGCUCUCCUGCUGGACGCCUCAUUGGAGGGGGAGUUUGACCUGGUCCAGAGGAUCAUCUAUGAGGUGGAGAAUCCCAGCACGGCCAACGACGAGGGCAUCACCCCGCUGCAUAACGCCGUAUGCGCCGGACACCACCACAUUGUCAAGUUCCUGCUGGAUUUCGGCGUCAACGUCAAUGCGGCCGACAGCGACGGAUGGACUCCGCUCCACUGCGCCGCCUCAUGCAACAGCGUCCACCUGUGCAAGUUGUUGGUGGAGUCGGGGGCCGCCAUCUUCGCCAGCACCAUCAGCGACGUGGAGACGGCUGCAGAUAAGUGCGAGGAGAUGGAGGAGGGCUACAUCCAGUGCUCCCAGUUCCUAUACGGCGUUCAGGAAAAGAUGGGCAUCAUGAACAAGGGCACGGUCUACGCCCUGUGGAACUACGAGGCUCAGAACCAGGACGAGCUGUCCUUCGGGGAGGGGGACGGCGUCACCGUCCUGCGGCGGCAGGAUGACAGCGAGACGGAGUGGUGGUGGGCGCAGCUGGAGGACACCGAGGGCUACGUGCCUCGCAACCUGCUUGGGCUGUACCCUCGGAUCAAACCUCGCCAGCGCACCUUGGCGUGACGUCCCAAUCUUGAAACGAAGAGCAGAGAACAAAUGCUGAGCCUCAUUGAUCUCCUAGUGGCCAUUUUCUUCCCUGGCAUUGUUGCCAUUCAUUUAAAUGCACGCACACAGACACAGUGAUAGACAAGCACUCCAAAUGCAGCAAAUCCCGACGGUCACUUGGAAGCCGUCACUCUACGUUACCCCGUCGGCUACGCAGUGCAGCUCUUGAAGGUAACCCUUGUCGCAGUAUUUCUUCUUUCUUCCUCAGCCAUCUUUUCUCCCCUUGUGUGGUGACUACGAGUCGACAGAGCAACAUGGCCAUGUUGCUGAUAUGACAUUUAAUUGCAUCUUCAAAUUCUUCUUCUUAUUAUUAUUUUUUUAUCCAUAAAUCCCCCUUGAGAAGAAUGAACCCAAAUGUUUGCUUUGUUUGUGUUUCAAACCACCCAAAAUUGCAAUGGAUAGUUUCUGUGUUUAAAAAUGUGCGGGUGUGCUGUAAAAAAUAAGACUAAUUAUGUUUUCCAGCACUUUGGAAUAAAGGAGCAAAUGUUACACUUUGUACAAAAUGUUAAGGAUAUUGGGCAUUUGGGGUGAAAUUUCAGGAUAUUCUUUGUGGUUAAGUCAUCUUCCCAAACUCUUUUUCAAAGGUCUUACAGCCAUGAGUGUUGCAGUAAUUAAAACGAUAAGAUGACUAAGCAGUUUAAUAGGCGCUAAUUAAUCUGCACGCACUUAACUUUGUGGCUGGCUGACCGGUUUCUUCUCCUCUGAAGCGCUUUGUUUAAAAACAAAAAAUCCAGACGUACAAUCUUGAGGCGACGUAAUGCCGCACGUCUCCCGCAGAGUGAGGGAAGAGGCAAGUGGCGUGCUACUAGGUUUGUUGUCAAGCUGUUUUCAGCACUUUAAAUUGGUUAAUAAUGUGUCAAAAUAACAGCCAAGGUGGGGGGAGAUCAAAUCUGAAAAUGACCAUAUUUGGACAAAUGAGGUUCCUGCCCUAAAACUGAGACAAUUGCUCCUGCAUUUGAUUAUAACAUCCUGUAUAUUGUUAGCAACAAAUAGAAUACAAAGGAAAUUCUUGCAAGCAAAUAUUGCAGUAUCCAACUAGUAUAUUUUGAAAUUUUUAAGGGAUUUGGUAACAGAAAAAUGUUUGUAAUAUCUGUUUAAGUGAAGGCAAAUCCAAUUUUGGUAGAGUGUUCCUGCCAAAAUGGAAAGAACAUUAAAGCAAGAAACUUAAAAGUAGACUCAAUUUGUUUUCUUUAGUCGGCUCUGUAAAGUGAUGAACGCUGCUACAGAAAAAGUGCAUAAAAGUUCACCGAAUGGCAUAGAAGUGGAGGUCAACUUGUGCAAAAUGUACUGUUGGACGUGUGCAUUGGAAAGUUUAGAGAAGGUCAAAUUCAUUUCACCUGUAAAGGUCGUCGUGCCUUUUAAGCGAUUCCUAAAAUUUGAUCCCAAAGCCCAAUCGAUAUCCCGAACCUUUUGUGACUCGUGUAGAAUGAUCGGACCGACUGUCCCAUGUCACAUUUCAUAAUCCCGCUCUAAAUAAGGGCCGGUAAACCUUUUGGCGCACGGGCCAUAUGGCGGGCGUCCUUUCCAGCGUUUAGUCCUCAUCGAACACGGUUGAGUUGAUUUGGAAAUCAAAUUUGGCAUGAUUGAUCUUCAUCGCAGCAUUUUCUAUUCAUUUGAAGGAAUCCAGACACCUCGUUUCGAGACGCUUUUGUCGACCUCACUUGCGAGUCGUGUUCUCACAGCGGCCGCGACGAGCUUUUCAAUCUCAGGACCAACACGGUGCUGCCGAUGACUCCGUCGUGUUCCGAUUUUUACGCGCAGCAAAAGUCAAAAGAGCGACAAAGCAAACAUGUCCAGAAAUAGUAAGAAGCCGAUAUCGUGGCUUUUUAAUGAGAGACUCUCCUCCGUUCACGUAUGACCUUCCCGUGCGUGUACAUUUUCGUACAUGUGUUUUAUCUGAAACUCCGCAGUGUGUUUUCAUCCUCCAGCGUGCGAGUGGCCCAGGGCUUCGUCGUCUUGGAUUCAAAAGCUGUACAUAGCGCGAUUGUUUGUUUGCUGUACGGACGACGUGGGCUUUCUCUUAUUAAUGCUGUAAUCGACACAAAUACAAACUCUGUACAUGUGAACAAUAAAAGUGAAGCUCU